AUGCCACCAAAAAGAGCAGAUGUCUGUAAAAAUUGUGGACAUUCAGGAACAUUUUCCAUUAAUAGAUACACUGGAGCUGGGGAUAUAUCAUGUUCAAGAUGUGGUGCAGUUCAUGAUGAAAAUCCGAUUGUUAGUGAAGUUCAAUUCGGAGAAUCAUCUUCAGGUGCUGCAAUGGUUCAAGGUGCUAUGGUUGGACAAGGUGAAGCUAGAGCACCUCUGCUGGGGAAUCGUCUUCAAACCUUAGAAAGUAGAGAACAAACUCUUAAAAAUGCAAGAGGUAAAAUAAAGAAAAUUUCAGUUGCCUUAAGAAUUCCUGAUCAUAUUACUGAAGCCGCAAAUGAAUGGUUUAGACUUGCAUUAAUCAAUAACUUUGUCCAAGGUAGACGCUCUCAAAACGUUUUGGCCGCUUGUUUAUACGUUGCCUGUAGAAAGGAAAGAACUCAUCAUAUGUUAAUUGAUUUCAGUUCACUUUUACAAAUUUCGGUAUAUUCCUUGGGUGCAACUUUUCUUAAAAUGGUGAAAGAAUUACAUGUCACUAAACUUCCACUUGCUGAUCCUUCAAUUUUCAUUCAACAUUUUGCAGAAAAAUUAGAAUUUGGUAAUAUGGUUACAAAAGUAGCUAAGGAUGCACUGAAAUUAGCUCAAAGAAUGUCGAAUGAUUGGAUUCAUGAAGGGAGAAGACCAGCAGGGAUCGCUGGUGCAUGUAUAUUACUUGCAGCCAGAAUGAAUAAUUUUAGAAGAAGUCAUGCAGAAAUUGUUGAAGUUGCACAUGUGGCAGAAGAAACUUUACAAAAAAGAUUAAAUGAAUUUAAGAGUACUAAUUCAGGAAAUUUAACUGUUAAACAAAUUAGAGAUGGUGAAAAGGUAGAAGCUAUUAAACCACCUUCAUUUACUAAAAAUCGUGAAUUAGAAUUGAAAUUGAAAAAAAGAAUUGAAAAUAAUGAAGGAGAUUUAACUAAUUUUAAUAAUAGAUUCACAGAAAGAGAAUUAGACGAUAAAGAAUUUAAAUCGAAAAAUGAUAUGAAACCUAAGGAGUCUAAACUUAAAGAUGAUUUAAUGAGAAAUAUCUUAAAGGGAUGUGAUAUAUCUGAAAAGGAAAUUCAAGAUUAUUGUACAAAGGCAUUGAAAAGACAAGCUGAUCAUUUAAAGAAAUCUUUAUAUCAAAAUCCAUCUGAAAAGACUGAUGCUGAAAUAGAAGAGGCAAGAAUAAUAGAGUUGAAUAGACCAAGAAAUCUUGUGAAGUAUUUACCAAAGACUUCAGAUAUGCUUGCUAAAGUUGCAUCUGAUAAAGAUAAUUUUGAUGAUAUUAAUGAUGAUGAAAUGGAUGAAUUUGUUUUAAAUCCAGAAGAAGUUGAACUAAAGGAAAGAUUAUGGACUGGGUUGAAUCAAGAUUUCUUAAUUGCACAAGAAAAGAAGAGAUUGAAAGAAGAAGCUGAUAUGGUUACUGGUAAUACUUCAGGUGCAACCAAGAAAAGACGUCGGAAAACUGAACCUUUGGAUGGAUUCCCAGCUGAUGGAGAUCUUGCUAACCAAAUCGGAAUGAAGAAUGCUCUUCAUGAAGUUGGUGUUGAUGAAUCAGGUGAACCUCUUACUGCUGCCGAUAGUGCUACAAGAAUGCUUGCCAAGACUAAAUUUUCAAAGAAGAUCAAUUACCUGGUUGUUGAUAAUUUGUUUUCAUCUGGAGAUCGUGGUGGGGAUAAUAAAGUGUAA